AAAGUAGCCAUUCAAGAUCAGUCUCAUUUUAGUCAAGAUCGUGUCGCGGUUAAAAAGAUGAACAUUAAAAAUCAGUUCUUGGCAAUAACUAUUGCUAUUCUCAGUCAGAUUUGUAGUGCAAGUAAAUACAACAUAAGCUUGGGAGAAUUGGAAAAAUGUGAAGUGUACUAUUUAGAUGGUACACAUGGUAAAUUCAUAGAUUUCUUCGAAGUUAAUUCUGUGAAAAACAAUUUGAAAAAAGACAACGAACGAUUGCAUUUGAGAUUUUACUUAAUGGCUAGCAACACUUCCAACAUAUUGCUUUCAAAUAAUACAUUUUGUGAUGGUCAUUGUUAUGAAAUCGUUCUUCGUGAUUUUAAGUCGUCAAUUGUGACAAAAUAUCCUCAGUUUUAUGCAGAAAAUAAGACGUCUCCCAACAUGUUAUCGACUUUUGAUCCAAUGCCAGUUGAAAUAAUUCAAAGGAAUGAUGGAGAGUUGAUUGUAAAUGUACCAGGUUAUGCAGAACCUCUUAUGAAAUAUUUGGAUAGAAAUCCUGUGGAUAUCAAGUAUUUUAAAUUUGCUUCUCAUCGUAAGACCCCAGCUAAGUGGUUCUACAACUGCCAAUUCGAUGGAAAUUCCAACAAAGAGGCCCAAAAGAUGUGUGAUUGUGAAGCUAAAAAUGUCAGCAGUAUUAAUUCAGGAGCAGUUGGCGAAUUUAAACAAGAAGAUGGUGUUAAAAAACAAACGAACUCCAAAGAAAAAAACAAUGAAGAUCAGUUAUUAUUAUUUACUUCAAAGUUAUCGGCAACAGAUCCUAAUACGAAACAGUUGAUGGAUGUUUUUUGGUCUGGAGUCUUUAACAGACAUAAAACAUUUUUUCAUAGCAUAGUUCCAACACUGAACAAUUUUGAUGACAAUCAAGUAAUAAAGUUUCAAGCAGGAGUUAUUGACUUAAUUCAACAAAUCAAGAACCCGGAAACAACAACAACAAAAAACCAGCAGAGAAUAGAUGAACGGAUUGGAUAUUGAAGAAUCUUCGUAUUCAUGGUUAUUAGGGUGUCCGUUAUUUCCCAAAGUGUUGUUUUCGGGGGAAACACCCCCUAGAACGAAAGUUUGGGAUCUAAGAAACCCGUGCCUCUAGGGUCAUACAAUUCAUUCAAAAAUCGAAAUAAAAUGAAUCAUUUAUUUGCAAAACAUGAUAAGUCCAUGAUUUUAAAUUUUUCAGGAGAAGAAAAAAACGUUCUAUUUUCUUUUGAUAUGCGUAGAAAAAUUUAUAAAAAAUAUAUUCUGUAGAACUCUUGCCUAGCUACAAAAUACCGUUUCGUUUUUAAUUUUUGGAGCGAUAGCUCAAAAGAUAAAAAAUAAAAACGCUUUUGGACUUAUCAUACUUUGAAAAUAAACGGAUGUGAAAUUAGUUUUUAAAUGGAUAUGCAAUUUUGCUUUUAGCCCCAGUCUAUCAAACAAUUGUAUUUGAGAAUAAAAUACAAUGUCCGGACUGCUAAUUUAACUUUAAAGUAGCUUUAAACUUAAGAUUUUCAGCCAUUAAUCUAAUAUACCAUUUACACAAAAAGAAACUGUUGUUUAUUUUCAAAAGAUGAUAAGUCCGGGACUUAUUCUGUUUUUGAUACUAAAAAAAUAUUUCGCGUAGCUGUAAAAUCGGAUAUAGAUGGAGUAGAUAGUUGAUAUUUUAAAGACAGACGUGGUCAUCCCUGGAGUACAAAUUUAGUCAAAAAAACGAAUUUUGAAAAAAAGUGGACUUAUCAUGUUUUGCAAAUAAAUGAUUCAAAUAUGAAAACAAUUUUUAACGGGAAAUUUUUAAUGUGAUCUUUUAAUGAAACUAUUUUCCAACCAGAAUCAACAAACAUUUUAAGAAUAUAUGAUUUAACUCAAGAGAAAAAAAAUUUUAUGUAAAAGUUACAAAUUUGUAUAAGGAAAGUAGGACCCUAGAGGCACGGGUUAAUGACGUGAAAAAAUACUUUUUUUUUUCUACUAAAUUAAUCUUACUUAGGUCCUAAACUUUCGAUCUAGGGAGUGUCUCCCCCGAAAACAUCACUUUUGGAAAUAACGGAGACCCUAAUUGUCAUAGACCCUGAAAUAGAUGGUAUUUGAAGGAAAAACUUCUCCGGUCAUUUUAAUUUUUUUCUUCUCCGAAACUUGGAAAGUUUUGUUAUGUUUAAUUUUUGUUUGUUUGUGUACGAAUCGAUUCAAUUCUCGUAAAUUAAUUAAAUAAAUAUGUUUUGUUAAGAAUUUCCAAAUGGUA